AAUGCAGGAAAAAAGUAUAUUCUUUGAACUUCCUUAUUGGGAGUAUAAUUUGUUGCGACAUAAUCUUGAUUUUAUGCAUAUUGAAAAAAAUGUGUGUGACAAUGUAUUAUAUACUAUGCUCAAUGAUAAGAAUAAAUCAAAAGACAAUCUCAAUGCUUGGAAAGAUUUGAAACAAAUGGGUAUAAGGCCUGAUCUUUGGCCUGAUGAAAAAGGGACAUAUCAUCUUGCGUUGUAUUCACUGACACGUGAUACCAAAAAGUUAUUUCUUAAAACUUUGAAGAAUGUCAAACUACCAGAUGGUUAUUCAAGCAACAUUUCAAGAUGCAUUAAUGAGGAACAACAAAAGAUAUUCGGACUGAAAAGUCAUGAUUGCCAUAUUAUAAUGGAACAACUUUUACCAUUUUCCAUACGCAAUUUAUUGCCACACAAUGUUACAACAGUCUUGGUGGAGUUAUGUUCAUUUUUUAGAGUUCUUUCUGGGAAAUGUUUGAACUUGUCAGAACUUCAAAUUCUCCAAGAUCGCAUAGUUAUUACACUUUGUCACAUGGAAAUGUUAUUCCCUCCAUCAUUCUUUACAUUUAUGGUUCAUUUAACUGUUCAUCUUAUAGAGGAAGCUAAACUUGGAGGUCCGGUGCAUUAUAGAUACAUGUAUCCCAUAGAGAGGGAAUUGGGUCAUUUAAAGUCUUUUGUGCGUAACAAGGCUCAACCAGAAGGUUCUAUAGCUGAAGGUUACUUAGCCGAAGAGUCUCUUACUUUUUGUUCUCGAUACCUUGAUAAUAUAGAGACAAGAUUUAAUAGACCUGGUCGUGUUUGUGAUGACCCAAAUGAGGACAAGUCUUCCUCUACAUCAUUUAUCUUUCCUCAACUUGGUAAACCAGUAGGAGCUUCAUCAACAUUCACUUUAACCCCAAUGCAAAAGUUACAAGCUCAUCGAUAUCUCCUUCUAAAUUGUGAAGUAGUAGCGCCAUUUAUUGAGGAAUUUAGACAAUUCAUAAAAAGAAGUUCAAGGUCAAGAAGACUUUCAUCUACAAAGAUUGAAAAGAGAUUAGUUAAAGAGUUUGCUGAUUGGUUUAAAAAAUGGAUUUUGAAUCCAAAAACAUUAAGUACAAUGUCUACCGACCUUAAAAUUCUAGCUCGUGGCCCUUUAGACAGUGCAAGAAGAUUUAGUGCUUAUAACAUCAAUGGUUUCAAAUUUCGAACCUUGGCUCGAGAAGCGGGAUUGAAAACACAAAACAGUGGGGUUUUCUUAACAUACAAAACUUCUUGUGUUUCGAGCAGUGUUGACGGAAACAUGAGACAAGCAGACUUACCUUAUUAUGGGAAGUUGGAAGAUAUCAUUGAGAUUAACUACUAUGGUCGAUUCAAAGUUAUUCUUUUUAAAUGCAAAUGGGCUGACACUACACGUGAUAGAGGGUACAAAAAGGAUAGAUGGAAUUUUAAUUGUGUAAACUUUGAGAGAUUGAUUCAUAAUGGUGAUCGGGAAAAACAUGAUCCGUACAUUGAGGCAUCUCAAGCACAAAUGACAUAUUAUGUAGAAGAUUUGGUUAAUAUAGGAUGGAGUGUUGCCGUGCAUUUAAAGGCAAGAGAUUUGUAUGAAAUGGGAGACAAAAUAGAAGAGGAAGUUUAUGAAAAUGAGCCAUACGAAGAGCAACACCUUGACCAGCUUGGUAACAUUCAUGAUGAGUAUGAUCAAUUGGCAACAAACCAUUUAAGUAAUGAUUCAGUUGAAUGAAAUAUGGUUGUUGACUUGGAAACAGAUACAAUGUUUGAAUAUAAAAAUAUUAUUAUUACUCUAUUUAA